UGUGGUACAUAUAUAGAUUGGUAAUAAACAAAUGAAAUAUAUACAAUUAAAAUUUCAAGGUUGUUUUACAUUAUGGGGAUAUUUUUUUUUUUUUUUUUUUGAGAAAAACAUUAUGGGAAUAUAGAUCAGUAAUAAUGUUAAAAAAAAAAAGUCAUUUUUUUUAACAAGUUGGAUGUGACUCCUUAUUACAACUUAUACAAAUAAUUUACUUAGGAUUUACCAAGGGGAUGAUCGAUGAUGGGGUUGAAUUUUGACUAUUUCGAAUCUAAGGACAACGCAUAAGCUGUACUCGUAUUAGAUUAUAACACUAAUGAUAUAAAAUUAGGGUACAACUUCCGUGAUUACAGAGGUAAUCAGAUGGAAAUUUCAACGCAAUUUACCCAAAAAUAAAAAGUCUAUCUUUUUCCAUGAGGGUAAAUUCGUACUUUAAAGAACAAAACCUCUCUUAAAUUUAACGGUCAAACUCACAAACCCAGUUAGUUUGAAUUUGUUUGUUUCAAAAAAAAUUCCAUGGCAAUUCCUUCACAUGGGCGCGCCAGUUUUUCUACUCAGGCCAAUGCUCUUCUCCGAAAAAACUUGGUUUUUCAGAGACGAAACAAACGUUCGAAUUGUUGUCUCAUAAUUUUUCCAGUUUUACUUUGUGUUCUUCUUGCUGUCUUGCAACGAGCAAUAGACAAUGAAUUGAACAAAGAUAAGUACAAAUGUGGAUGUGCUCAAGUUAAUGGUAAAACUGAAUGUGGGAUUCAAUAUUCAACAUUAGAUCAAGCUUCUAGUUGUCCGAUUCCUAAUCCCCAAAAAUGGCCUGCAUUGCUUCAACUUCCUGAUCCCCUGAGUCGCGCUGUUAGAACUGAUGGUUUUACAUUUCCAAACUUGCCUAGCGAGUCAUGUAGACGGACAGGUAAUUGUCCUGUCACUGUACUUGUGACCGGGACUAAUAGAACAUUGGGGCAAGGCAUGGCCAGCAACCUGUUUCCGACUUCCCCUUUGAAUUCCUCCAACCCUUUACUUAGUUUGGCAAACAAUGUCUUGGGAACAAUUUCGAUGCCAGCAACAGAGAAUUUUCUUGAUCCUGCUUACUCCUCAGGCCUUCCUCUUCACUUUGUGAGACCAUUCUGCCAGUCCAACUCGUCGUUGUCUUUACCUGAAGAGGUUAUAUCAUCAUCUAUGCAGCUAGAUGUAGAAUGUGCUCAAGGUCUUCAUCUAUGGCGCAAUAGUUCAUCUGAUAUUAAUGAUGAGUUGUACAAGGGUUACCGUAAAGGUAACCCAGAAAGGAAGAUAAAUGAAUAUGUGUCUGCAUAUGAUUUUCUCAACUCAAACAUGAACAACUACAAUGUGAGCAUAUGGUACAAUUCAACGUACAAAAAUGACAGUGGAUUUUCUACAAUUGGAUUGCUACGUGUACCACGUUCAGUCAAUCAGGUAUCUAAUGCCUAUCUUCAAAGUCUAUUCGGACCUGGUACCAAAAUGCUUCUUGAGUAUGUCAAGGAAAUGCCAAAGCCUGGAAGUCAGCUUAGAGUUGAUCUUUCGUCUCUCCUCAGUGCGCAAUUUUUCACAUAUGUCAUUAUAGCACUAUUUCCUGUUGUGCUAACUGCUCUGGUUUAUGAAAAACAACAACGACUGCGUAUUAUGAUGAAAAUGCAUGGGCUUGGUGAUGGUCCAUAUUGGACAAUUUCCUAUGCUUACUUUCUAGCUUUAUCUGUGAUCUACAUGAUAUGUUUUGUGGUACUCGGAUCACUUAUUGGACUAAAAAUCUUCACAUUAAAUGAUUACAGCAUCCAAUUUGUAUUCUAUUUCAUCUAUAUGAAUUUGCAGAUUUCAAUGGCUUUUCUUGUAGCCCCCUUGUUCUCGAAUGUUUUGUCUGCAAGAGCUGUAGGUUAUUUACUGACGUUUGGUACCGGGCUGUUGGGAGGAUUCCUAUUUCAAAAUUUCAUUGAAGAUACCUCUUUUCCAAGAGGAUGGAUUAUUGUUAUGGAGCUAUAUCCUGGAUUCUCUUUGUAUCGAGGUUUAUAUGAGCUCGGGCAAUAUUCUUAUCUUGGGAAUCAAAUGAGCACCCAUGGUAUGCGAUGGGAAAACUUGGGUGACAGCAGGAAUGGGAUGAAAGAGAUUAUGAUCAUCAUGUUCAUUGAGUGGUUGAUCAUGCUUCCUAUUGCAUAUUACAUUGAUCAAGUUAUAUCAUCUGGAAGUGGUGGGAAGAGAAAUCCUCUAUUAUUCUUCCGCAGCUUGAUAAGAAAGUCAAAUUCUAUUUCACGAAAGCGUAGUUUACACAAACAAGGAUCAAAAGUCUUUGUGGAGAUGGAGAAAGCUGAUGUUGUGCAAGAGAGGGAGAGGGUGGAUCAGCUGUUAUCAGAAUCAAGUUCAAGCACUUCUAUAAUUUGCAGCAGCCUGAGAAAGAUCUAUCCUGGUAGGGAUGGGAACCCCCCAAAGCUUGCAGUUAAAGGAUUAUCUCUCGCUGUGCCUCGUGGUGAGUGCUUUGGGAUGCUUGGCCCAAAUGGGGCUGGGAAAACCUCUUUCAUCAGCAUGAUGAUUGGACUCACAGAGCCAACAUCUGGAGCAGCAUUUGUUGAGGGUUCAGACAUCCGUUCUCAAAUGAAUGAUAUAUACACCAGCAUGGGUGUUUGCCCACAACAUGACCUGCUAUGGGAGACCCUAACAGGAAGAGAGCAUCUAAUCUUUUAUGGCAGACUUAAGAACCUUAAAGGUUCUGCCUUAACACAGGCAGUUGAUGAAUCUUUAAAAAGCGUCAAUUUAUAUUAUGGUGGCGUUGCUGACAAAUUUACUGGAAAGUAUAGUGGAGGAAUGAAAAGGAGACUUAGUGUUGCUAUCUCCUUGAUUGGUGACCCUAAGGUUGUUUACAUGGAUGAACCAAGUACUGGAUUAGAUCCUGCUUCAAGAAAUAAUCUUUGGAAUGUCGUGAAGCAAGCUAAACAAGACAGAGCGAUUAUUCUCACAACCCAUUCUAUGGAAGAGGCAGAAGUUCUGUGUGACCGGAUAGGCAUUUUUGUUGAUGGCAGCUUGCAAUGUAUAGGAGGCCCAAAGCAGCUUAAAGGAAGAUAUGGAGGGUCCUUUGUAUUCACAAUGACAACUUCUGCAGAGCAUGAUACAGAAGUGGAAACAAUGGUGAUGAGCCUCUCGCCAAAUGCUCAAAAGAUAUACCACAUAUCAGGAACUCAAAAGUUUGAGAUCCCAAAACAUGAAAUCCGGAUUUCUGAUGUUUUCAAGGCAGUCGAGAACUUUAAGAAGAGAUUCACAGUCCAAGCAUGGGGACUUGCUGACACCACUUUGGAGGAUGUAUUCAUCAAGGUUGCUCGUGAGGCUCAAUCUUCCGAUGUUCUCUUAUAAUCAUAUACUAUCUCCGUUUCAUAUUAUUUGCAACGAUUAAACAUUUUUCCUCUCUACUUUAUGUCAAAUUGUUACAAAUAAUAUGAAAUGGAGGUAGUAGAUGUGUACUUAUGAGGUUUUGUUUAAGUUCCAUAUCUAGUUUAGGUAGAUUAUAUAUGAACUAUCAAAGCAUAGUCGUGCCACGUGUUGCUGCGUGCCUGUGUUUAUGUCUUGUGUAAUAUAGUUGUGUAGUAACUUUGUUACUAAAAUGAGUUAUACAAUCAUUUAUAAGAGCUUGUACAGUAAUAAUAAUACUUCGUAACAAUUUUUUACCA